UCUUCCAUUAAAUUUAUUUCGCUUCCUCUUCUAACUCCUCUUGUCCUCUCUCUCUCUCCUCUCUCUCCGGCAAUAUUUUAUUGUUUGCCGGCAAACCCUCCCUCUCUUGCAGGUACUCUCGCUUUAUAUAUAUCUACCUCUCUCUCUCUCUCUUCUUCUGCAGGUUUCUUUACAUCGUUGGCAGUGUUUUUUUGUGAAUAAAAAAUGGUUAGAGGAAACAGCAGUGGGGGUGGUCAGAGUUCAUUGGGUUAUCUCUUUGGUGGAGGACCAGAACCUGCAAGGCCUGCUCCUGCAAAUGCACCUCCUGCAAGUGCACCUCCUGCUCAAAACACAGAGACCCCAGCAGAGCCACGACAAAAACCAGCUCCUCCUCUUGUGAAGCCUAAUGAUACACCAGCUGGAUUCGUGGCAAGAAACAUGAAUAACUACCAGCGAUCUGAGGGUCAAAACACUGGAAAUUUCAUCACUGAUCGGCCUACUACCAAAGUCCAUGCAGCUCCUGGUGGUGGCUCUUCUCUGAAUUACCUCUUUGGAGGUUCUGGGAAAUGAGAUUGCUUGAAUUAUGAGGUUUUAUGCUUUAUUACUUCUACCCUGUAACAGUUGGUAUGCUGCCUUUUCCAUACCAACUGGAACCAUUUCUGCCUUUAAACAACUUGAUGGAAAGUUGAUCUUUUAAUGUAGUUAAGGUCUCUUUGCUUUUUGAACCAUUUGCUCAAUGAAAUUUAACAUACUUUACUUUUAUAGAAUUGAAUAUCCUUUGCUUUUU